CUGGUCUCAUCUUGACUCCAUCUUCUCCCCUGCGUUCCGCGUCGUUACUCCUCACCUCCGUACUGCCCUACACUGGCACGUGAAGUGGAAGCCUCACCAUCGCCUUUCUCGUGCUCGCUCUUCUCGCUCAGUCACCGCUAGAUUCCAUCACCCUGGUGGUUCCUGUCCAUUGAUCAUGUUCAAACCCACCCAGUUCCUCGACACUCGGCGGUGCGACAGUUCUGAAACCAUGGCAGAAUCAUGUUCUUCGUUCCGCCAGCCCCAGUCGCCCUUGACCACUACCUCUUCUACUCCCGUUUCACCCGCCGUGUCUCUUUUUUCCGCCAAAGGCCACACGCGUUUUUCCAGCUCCGUUUCGUCGUUGGUAUCGUUCCCAGGGCACGGUACCUCCAUGGAGAGUAAUUCGCGCAAUGCUUUGACGGGCGUAAAGGAAGAGCCAUGUGGGGAACGACCCCGAGAUCUCGAGGAGGAAUAUUUCCAGCACUUCGAUCAAGGACUGUCUGUGGUCGAAGACUCCUGCUUCGACUCAUUUGAUCCGGCUGACAGCUACGACCUGACAGAUGCCGGCCUGGACUCUAAUCAAUCGCCCAGGAACCGAUGCUCCGACAGCAUCUCAGGCAAGGGUCUUUCCCGUAUAGGCUCCCGGAUAUCCACCAUCUCCACGAGGUGGAAAUCCAAACGGGCCUCAGAUGGAAUUGAUGGGGCAGAUGCAUUCGCAACGCACCUGCGUUCCCGGACCAACUCAGCAUCGUCAGCCAUCGUUAGCCCCGUGACAGGCUCGUUUAGCCGCGUCAGCUCCAUUCAAGUGCCACCAUCCCCAGCCCGGACAAUUUUUGAGGAGGAACUCAGCGAGUCUGGCACACAGCCAAUUGAUAUUGUCCGCUCGAGCAGAUACAGUCAAGACGAUUCGGGUCCGCAGGCAACAACCCCAUUACUUCCACCUUUUAUGGGUGAUGAACCAUCCUACCCUGCCGCCUCUCGUGUUCACUCCCCGUUACAAUCACCUUCUGUGGCUGACAUGACUGACGAUGCCCUGAACAAUCCCACUGUGUUGGUCAGGCGAUUGGCAGGCUUGCCGUCACCGCCUCUAUCUUCAAAGCCGUCUGUUGCCUCUUUUAGCCGUCCGCGUGCCAGCACGGUACGGACAGUGUCGGGGGAUGCGCCCCCAUUCACUCUCUCAGAUCCUAACGAUGAAUGGGCGAACAAGUUGGGACACGCCAACUUCACUAUCCAGCCUGAGCCUUAUAUGCCCGAAGUGAUCGACGUUGAUUCCCUUCAGCAAUUGCGCACCAACUGGGAUCUUGCGCAAUGCAAUUUCGCUCGUCAUCUUGUGCGGACAGGGGAACACUAUGGUAUCACCUCAACAAUCUACAGGCUGACUGAGGAAAAAUGGGAGGCGAUCAAUCGCGAGUGGAAGAGUCAUCAUGGAGCAAUGCUUUCUCACCUAAGAGGUACAGAAGGAGUGCGACUCGACUUGGUGCGUUCGCACUGUGACCCUUGCCAUCCGGUAAAAUUACCGCGCUUGCAUGACGACAAGUUUCCCGAAUUAGGCGACGGCGAGAUCGUCGGACCUAUGAAGAUUGCCCCCGCUGUCAGCGGCUCAGGUCUUUGUCGAAGCCGCUCGCUCAAACGCAACUUUCUCAAAUUCUUCCAGGAUCUCGUGAUUCGGUCCUGAUCCUUCACUUAAUGACCACAAACUCUACUGCGGGAGGACUCGAUGUACAACAUCUUACGAAUGCUACGCCUCUUGAACGAUCCGCUCGAUUCAGCGCGUGAUGACUAAUGCAUAUAAUUUCUUUG